AUGCAUUUCUCCGCCCUCGUUGCUCUGGCUGCUCUCGUAGCGAGCCCAUUCGCCCUCGCCCAGGCAUCCGACACCGUAUACGUCGUCUACGGCAACGGCCAACAGUUCGAGGACCCCACCGCAUCCGUCGACACACUCACCUGCGGAUCCGUCCUGGCAGCCGAGGACUCGCCGCUGUGCAGCCAAUGCGUAGUGCUGGGCUGGCAGGGAAGGGACGUCACCGUGCGCAUCGUCGACACAUCCUCGGAAGGCGGAUUCGUAGUCACUGAGGGACGUACGAGGAGCUGGUGGGCAGCGACACGGUUCUGCCGGGGAUCUACCAAGCGCGAAUUGUAG